AUUAUAAGCUGGUUCAAAAGCUCUGUUUUUUUAAGUUUGUAGAGAAUAAAAGGAAUAUGGGGUGGGGGUUUAAUUGCAAUCGUGACAGUUCCUAUUGGAAACCCGGCAUAAACCCUCUACGGCCGCUGGCGCUCCUGGAUCUGCACCAAAACGUUUCUAUGGUGGAGUGAGUCGCCAGGCGAAUAGAAGUAUUUUAAUUUGAGGGGGAGAUAGUUUGAUCGAGAUUAUUAAGCCUUAAUUAGAGAAUGAUCCUUUAUUGCACUUCUAUUCAGAUUCGCCAAGUAACACAAGUCGCAGGGGUUGGUUCUCCAUCGAGAUUAUUUUUCAAGUUUUGAGUUACAGGACCAACAAUGGUGACUCAGGAGAACAGUGAAGUGAUUCAACCACCAACUUCAGUAGACAAGCAAUUAGAAAGUUACUCAUACACUAAUUGGGCAGGGAAGAUACAAGAACAGUACCAGAAAGUCAAAGAGAAUGCAGAAACCUACCCCUAUGUUUGGGGUUCGUAUACUGUUGUAUACGGGGGAUUUGGGCUCUGGUUUGCCUAUAGAUGGCGAAGGCUCCGCAAAACAGAAGACCGAGUCAGAGUCCUUCAAGACAGACUUCGCAAACUUGUGCAAGCUGAAGAGUCGACAAGUUCAUCUAUAACCAAAGCACCCUCAUCUUGUGAUAAAUCAACUAGAUAGUUUGUGUUUCUCUUUUCAUUCAAGUUGUGUUUUUAUACAUUUUGCUGAAAAAAUGAGUUACCAAUGACUGCACUUGGUCACAAAAAUUAUCCGGUUUAAUAGAGAAAAACCCCCUUGGUAAACAACAUAAUAUACUGCAGUUUGCAUUUGUUUGA